UUUCGCUAUAAUUUUGUCACAUUUUUUUUAAGUUUAUAUCUUUUAGUUUUGUACAGCAAAAUGGAGAUGUAUAAAAACACAAAAUUGAAUAAAGAUGACAUCACUCAAAUUGCCCAAGACGCAACAGAUUGGGCAACUAUCCAUGGCAUUGUGAUGAGGAAUGGAAAGCAUAAACAUCUAACAAAUUUUGCACCCUUUAUGCUUUUUCCAACACCAUUUCCUACCUAUUUAUAUGAUGAGGCAAUGAUGGUUCAAAAGGAUUUCCACACUCUAGUUCACAGAGCAAGUCUGGAUCAUGAAUUUAUACACAGUUCAUUAAAAAGUGUUAUUGUUCACGAUGAAUUUACAAAGCGACAAUAUGAGAUUUACGAUCAAGUCAGAAAAGAAGGAAUAAAACCUAAGUUCAACUUCAAUAUUAUACGCUCUGAUUACAUGGUUGAUGAAACCAAAAAAGAUGUCGUUGUUAAUGGGCAUACUUUAGAAGAAAUUCGUCCAUAUGAAAUUAAACAAAUUGAAGUCAACAUGAUUGCUGCAUCAUUUGGUGGAUUGGACUCAAAAGUUGAAAAGCUACAUAGAUAUAUGGCUGAUGUUAUUGGCCAGAAUUGCCCUUAUAAAAAGGAUCAGGUUGCUACUAACACAACACUUGAGAAUCUUGCAGAUGGUAUGGCAAAACUAUGGCAGCUGUAUGGAAAUGAGGAUGCUGUUAUUAUAUUUGUAGUCGAAAAAGGUGACUCAAACAGAUUUGAUCAGAAAACGUUGGAAUAUAGUUUUCACGAUAGUAUUACUAGACUUGGUAUAAAGAAGCAUGUUCCUGUUUUAUUUCGUUGCUUGGAGCAAAUUUAUGAAAAUGGUAAACUAAAUGAAGAUGGAAGCCUAAUUUUUGAAAAGAAAGAAGUAGCAUUGUGUUAUUUUCGAGCAGGAUACGCUCCAAGCCAUUUCCAAUGCGAAGAGGCAUGGAAGGGAAGAUUAAUGAUUGAAAGAUCUACUGUACCAAAAUGUCCAAACAUGGCUGAGCAAUUGGUCGGAACGAAGAAAAUUCAGCAAGUAUUUGCAGCACCUGGUAUGGUAGAAAGGUUUAUUCAAGACGCAGAAGCUGUUAAAAGAAUCAGAAGAACAUUUGCUGGUUUGUAUACAUUAGAUCCUGGAGCUGAUGGCGAUGCUGCAGCAGAGAUGGCUUUAAAUGUUCCUUCAAGAUAUGUUUUAAAGCCGCAGAGAGAAGGAGGAGGUAACAAUAUGUAUGACAAUGAUAUGGUAACAGAGUUGAAACGAAUUACGGAUCCUGUAGAGAGAAGUCAAUACAUUUUAAUGGAGCGCGUGCAGCCACCUAUCGUUAAGAAUUACAUUGUUCACGUUGACCAUGAUAAACCUUCAUUAGCUGAUACUGUUACCGAGCUUGGUGUGUUUGGCGUUUUUAUCAGCGACGGAGAAAAGGAGAUCUUUAACAAAGCAAGUGGUCAUUUAUUAAGAACGAAAGAUAUCGAACAUAAAGAUGGCGGCGUAGCUGCAGGAAGAGCUGUUCUUGACACUCCAUACUUAAUAUAACGAAAGAACUUUUUUGAUUUUAUCCAAUUUACUAUUAAUAUAGAUUUUUAUGUUCUGUUUUUUAUAAAUAUUACUGUAUUUCCUGUCACUAACAAUUUUCCCUAUAGUGUAUAUUUUC